AUGAGGACGAACGUUGAAACUCUAGCUAAGAAAUUGAAAGAAAAGGUUUCGGGUAUCAGAAAUCAUAUAGUUGAUAAGAUUGAAAAACCUUUAAAGGAUUGGAUUAAGGAUAAUGGGGUUGCGCUGGAUUCAGCCAAGCAGAAAGUUCAGAAUGAAAUUAAUAGGAUUAAGAAGAUCAUUAAAGGAGAGGAUUCCUCUGUGUCAGAUAAGAAACUUCAAGAGUUGGUCGAGAAGAUUACAUCAAAGCUUCGAGGGUUGGAUGAUCAGGUUGUGCAUGAUCUAAACACUCCCGAUUUGAAGGCGUGGGUUGAGAAGGAGCAUAAUGCACUUGAGGAUGCCCUAGACCUUUUUCAGGCAUUCUAUAUCGCUGCCAGGAGCAACCUUGGCAAAACAAUUGAUGAUGCAUUCACCCAGUUAAAAGAUAAAAUAGGGAACAUUGACGUGCAGUUGAACAAUGAGAAGAGAAUGCUCGACACGAUAGUUUCGGAAUCGAAAGAAAUAUUCAGAAAAACGGAAAAGCUUGCAAAAGACCUUGCUGAGCCUGAAUCAGGCAUUCCGAAAGAUAUUAAAAGUCUGGAAGGGGAAAUUACUAACUUGCAGCAUGAGUUGCGGAAGCUGAUAAAUGUCAUCGACAGUGCCGACCUAACUAGUAGAAUAAGAUUGGUGGGAUCUGCGCUUGACGCUGGCAAGCAAGCUGUCAUAGCCCAUAUCGACAAGAUCGCAUCUGACCUCAAGGACAAAAUCGCUGUGGCGUCCAACGCCAUCAAGAAUAAUGCUCAACAAAAUUUUGCCGCUUCCAAAGAAAAGGAACUUAAGGAGUUGGAAGCAUUAGUAAAGCAAAAAAUCAGUGAAAUAGAAAACAUUAUUACGAACGAUAGAGAAAAUGGCCUGAAAGGGUUACUGGGAAGGUUGAAAGCAAAUGAGACGAAGCUCCAAGAUGCUCAGAAGCAAUGUGAUCUAGUUAAGAUGUCCACAUACUUGAACAUGUAUCUGACUAAAGCCAUUGAAUAUGCAAAAGACCAAUUUAAAAGCGAGACAAAAACUAGAAAAGAUGUCAACUUACUAUCCCUUGUCUCCUAUAAUCUCUUCCUCGCCUGUCCGACCACUCCCACUGCUCCCACGAAGUCUCCAACAGGCUCUUCACGCUGUCCGAAAAAGUCUCCAACCUCCAACCCCUAG